AUGAAGUCUGAUGAGCUUUCCCCUGUGUCAACUCAUCUUGAAGCCACUACGAUUCCUGCAGCUUCUCGUGCUUCCUCGUGGGGUCCUAUUGUUGAAUUCCCUGAGUCAUUACCUUCCUCGCCCGAACCAAAACAUGAUAUACUUCAACUUACUUACGACUCACAAGCUUUUGUUCCACGGCAGCCUUCGCCUGUGCCAGAUGAUGACUCGUAUCAUUUGUCAUCUCUCUCACCCAUCGGGCUCGUAUCUUCGUUAGAUGUCUCUGCGGAUCCUGUUGACUCUUCCUCUGACUCGGAUGCUCAUCAACAAUCCAAUCCUUCGUCCCUCAUUCCUACGACUCGUCCCCGGGAAUCCCCUGAUCCAGACUAUAGCCCCGAUCCUCCUUGGCAUCCUCGUCAACGCGGCAACUUUGAUACUCUUGUUGCCGCUCUGAAUACUGACGUGUUCGCCGCGUCUGGUAGGGUUCCUGCGUCGGUUGAUGAAGCCCUCUCAUCGAGUGGUUGGCUCUCUGCCAUGGAAGCCGAAAUGGCCGCCCAUCAACAUAACCAAAUCUGGACGCUGGUCUCUCUUCCUCCUGGUAGACGGGCGCUUGGAUGUCGUUGGGUAUUCACUGCCAAACCCGUUUCUCAUCUUUUGAAAGCACGGCUUGUUGUUCAAGGUUUUCGUCAAAUCCAUGGACUUGACGACAAUGAGACCUUUAGUCCUGUUGUUCGUUACGACAGUGUGCGCAUAAUGCUCAGCCUUGCUGCCCAAUUCAAAAUGCAAAUUCAUCAAAUGGAUGUUACCACUGCCUUUCUCAACGGUACUUUUGAUGAGGAAAUCUAUAUGUGUCAACCUCCGGGUUUCAUCUCUCCUGGUAAUGAAGAGAAAGCUGGACAUUAUGUUUGUUGUGGCAAAAUAAAGCCGGUAUCUUCAGAAUCCCAAAAAGUCACAUAUGAUGAAGGCAAGGCAUUGAGAUACCUCAAAGGGACUAGUGACUUGGGAAUUGCCUAUUCUUAUGAUCCAUCCUCUAACCUCAAUGGCUACUCAGAUGCUGACUGGGGAACUAGCACUAUGGACAGAGUUUUGGUUACUGUUUAUGUCUUUGUGCUAGCCAAUGGACCUAUCACAUGGAAAUCUAAGAAGCAAGCCACAGUGGCUUUGUAA